AUGCAGUCGCGAUUCAAUUCCACCAGCACAGAGGCAGAAGAGGAGGUGUGGAGUAGUUCUUCGAUAGACGAAUUGUCAUCCCUUUCUCAGCCCACUUCCCAAGUCAAUUCCCAGCGUUUUCACCCAAUUCAACCUAAGCAAUCACCACCCCUACGCGCUCCUCCGCUUCAGCAGCAGCAUCAACAUCAUCACCAUAUUCAUCACCAUGCUCGAGAAUCUCAACAACAUCACAAAAGUAACGAAUCUACCACCCACCAGCCACCAAUGGUGGAAAACCAGAUAUUUUCAUCUAAGACCCUCGGGAUCGUCUAUCUCAAGGCCGCAUACCGGCGUAAAGAGAAAAAGACGAUCGAUCUGCAAUACAAGUCCAAAAUUCCUGCUGCUCUAUUACCAACUGCCAUUGCAUUAGUAUUCAGCUACAUUUGCGGCCUUAUUUUUGGGUGGCAGCUUGGUUUUACGAUUGGCCUUACUUCCGUAACAAUUUACCUCAUGUUCAUAUGCUUGGUGUUUUACGGUGGAUUAGUAAGGCGAUGGAAAUCAGCACAGCAAAUUGGUGAAACACUGAUGCGUUACGCUAGAUCCUGGAGUCUAAUAAUGGACAUCCUUUUCUGCCGACCUCCCGUCAAAAGUUCAAUUCCCACAAAUAUCAGGUUAUAUCAUUUUUAUAACUUUUACUUAUUUCCUAGGCUUCUUCCUGUUAACCUCAGACUGGGGAGUUCUGAGACCCCAUGGGAGGCUGCUGUUCAAUUGUCGGAAAAGAUGUGGGAGGCUACAACAUCCAAGUACUCAAAGACUGCCACUUACCUGCAGUUUGCUGCCGAGGACGCAAUUCAAGCUCAAAAAACUCAUGAAAUGUUCGUCGACAGUAAAGAUAGCGUCGGGAGUACGGACUCAUUCAACGGCAUCUGCAAGCAGAGUCAACCUUCGCGAGAGACUAAUUCCCAGCAGCUCCUUCUGAGUGAUGGUUCCCCAUGCCUUGAAGAGGGUCUCUACAACGCGCUCGAAGCGCAAUUACGCCAGGAGAGCCUAGACACCUGUCACACCUUACACCUCCUUGAUAUCCGCUGUGAUCGCCAGACCCGAGUUUUCAUAUCAGUCGACGCUACAGCCUGGCAUCAAAUAGGGCGCGUAGCCGAGUUUUGUCAGACGAUAAGUCGGUUUCUGAUUUCUCCUGUUGAAGGGGGACCUCGUGUGUUGUGGCGUCUUGCGGACUCACUGCAGACUGUCUCAGUGAACAAUGAAGCCACCCAGAAAUCUUCCCCAGAAGCAUGUCCACAAACGCCGAAUAUCUUUCUUAUUAUCGUAUGUUCGCAGGACAUUGAUUGUCCCUCUGAUCAACUGCUGAGAAGCGAAUCUUGUGAUAAGUUCUGGCAGCAAAUGCACGAUGCAUGCUGUUUAACACUGUACAUUGAUGAGCCAACUGUGGGUCCGCAGCAGCAUCAAGAUGGGAGCCACUUUGACAGCUUAAUGGGGUCGCGUUGCUCGGUCAGAAGCAUUCACCACUCAGAUCCCAGCUCACUUUCGGAAUUAUGGUCAAAAACAAUAUCAAUUCCCGAGUUUUUCAUUAACGACCACCCUUUAGCCGACAUCAACGCUAACAAGCUCCAAUACCUUUUGACCUCCAUGGCAUUUCUAGGUCGGAUGCUGAGGACAGAGGAAUUCCAAAGCACUCAGGCACCUCUACUAGAAGUGGCUGCAACGUGGCUGUGCCUUCUUCUUCACUGGCCUUUUCAUACAACUUGGCUGAGCCUUUUUCUCGAGGAGCAUUACUCGCCUACCGGGAAUAAAUGUGUGCUGGGCUCUGACGAUGAAGCCAGCACUGCAUCUACCAGUCGACCCGUUCUCCCCACCGAUACGCUUUCAAUGCUCUACUCGCGUGUUCUGGAAAGGCUCGGACCAGCGCUUUCGGCUUGUCGAAUUCGCACCCAAUCGUCAACGGUUCAGUCAACUUUACCCACGAGGCACUCACGCCUCCCGUCCGUAGCGCAUUCGAAGCAAGCGAGCGCGGCGCUCCGUCUGUGCGAGCUUUCUGCGCAUGAUUUCAGUCCAGCCCGUUUAGCUAGCUUCCUUCUUAACAGAUGCCAUGGUUCCAGGUCCAGUGCUCACUCAGUUUCUACAGUUGACGUGACCGUCAGUGAUCUAUCCGCAGUCAUGGCGUGUUCUCCCUUCCUUAAUCCCAAAAUCCGCGGUUUGAUUCAGGAUUACUUAAACGUAUGUGGAUUUUCUCUCGCAAGUAGUGAUAGCAAGGAUCGACAUGUUAAUCACAGCUUGCAGGCCCUGGAUCCUAAGGCCGCAGAAUUCCCCCCGCUAUUUGCUCGGACCGGAAAGCCAUCCUGUCCCGUCCCACUGAAGAAUGGACUCCUCCGGAAGCCUCUCAGCAUGAUGACAGUUGAUGACGUCUGCCACCUUGUGACGAAAUUAGCCGAGUUGAAAGCCAACCAACGCCGAGUUCCAUCUACUGCCCUCUUUUGCUCUGAUUCCCCACAACCGCUUUUCGAAUCCCCCUCCCUUGCUGUUUACCUCAGUCGUUUGCGUGCACUCAACAUCAGUGGCGCAGUACUUGCUGUUUGUCCGAUAAAUGAGGCGCUUCGUCGUGACAUUGGCAUGGCACUUGAGGAUUGGCGGCUCUUUUCCAAACUUAUUACUUACCUGAAGGGUCUUGAGAGCGCUCCACCAUCGCCACUCUUCCAGCAUUGCCAGUGCUUCCGAUCCAUGUUGGAUUUUGCGGAUGUACGCAUGCACCUGAAUCACGCACAUACCCAGACAAGAGAAUCAGUUCUGAGUUCUAAAGCCAUUGCUGGCGUCUCGACCUCUGAAUCUAUCCUCGCUGUGGCGUCCCAGAGAUGGAAACAAGCCAAGUGUUUAUCACCAGGUAACGGUAGCAAUAGUGAUGGAAGUGCAAUGUCCACGAUCAAUGACGACAAGUGGAGCGAGCAUCAGCGGACUGUUGAGAGGGAGGAUUGUCGCUUAUCUGGGGGAAGUUGUUCUGUAUACUCCGCUGAUAUCAUCUGCUCAUCUAAAUCGGACUGCUCUUUCACUUCAAGUUCAUCUCCGUCGUUUUCAUCAGCCCACAAUGAGGGUGCGCAAAAAGAAACAGCGACGCAAUGGAAACAUGAUGUGGAUGUAUAA